AGGAACUUAACUGUGAGCUAUUUGUCAAUGCUUGUAUACCUUAUCCCUGCCUAAACAAUGGUACCUGUGUGGAUUUAGUGACAAAUUAUACCUGUCUUUGUCCUGAAGGAUUCACUGGCAAUAACUGUGAAAGGAGAGUUAUUGAAUCAUCUGUAUUACCUGCACCAUCAACUGAUACCAAACAAGUGCUAUAAUAGGUUAUAUUCCUAAUUCUUUAUAUGGAGAAGUAAAAGAACAAGGACAAUAAACAAUUGUUACGUCUACUUAAGAUUUUUUUAGCGUGAUCUAGUCUAACUUUUUACAAUCAUUACAUGGCCAGUCGGCCUCUCUCCUGUGUCAAGUAGUUUAAAUGUACAUUAAUAUUUUUAAAUGAAUCAUUGUUUAUAAUACUUUUUCCUGUUUGUACAUACAUGUGUGUGAUCUACGUAUACAUUAGGUCACAUUGUGUACAUAAGAUAAUGUUUUUGUGUCAUUUAAUAACAACUAGAAAGGAAGAACUUGUAGAUAACUCAAUGUUCUUUAGUUAUGAUCUCUGAUAAAAUUAUUAUUGUCUUAUUUCUUGGAGGACUGGCUAAUGGAAUGACUUCAGAAGAGGGCAGUAAAAUAUCACUGAUUGGUGCUGCAGCCAUUAUUGCUUUAGCUGUGAUAAUUAUUUUUGGUCUAAUGGCUCUAUUUUUCAUAUUAAGAUCAAAUGACCUAAUACCUGACUGUUUUUGGUCCUUAAUCCGCCAAAAGAAGCACUUCAAAUUCAAUACAAGAGAGAAAAAUGACACUCACAUAACUUCUGGUGAGCACAAUGAUGCUAGAAAUAGUGCUGAGCUUUAUUUAGAGCUAUGUUCAUUGGCUCAAUCAACACAGAAUGUUUCAGUGGUGGAAAAUGAGGUGUAUCAAAGUAGAGAAAGUUGUGAAAUCGAAGAAACUGUAGAUUCUGAUAGUGACUACAUAUGAUUUGUUGUCCCAUAAACAUUGUGAUCAUGUUAUUGUUUAAAGGAAUGUUACAUUUUAAAGGUUUACCAUAA